GCAACAUGUUAUAGACACCAGGAGACCACACAGACACCAGGAGACCAAACAGACACCAGGAGACCAAACAGACACCAGGAGACCAAACAGACACCAGGAGACCAAACAGACACCAGGAGACCAAACAGGAGACCAAACAGACACCAGGAGACCACACAGACACCAGGAGAUCAAACAGACACCAGGAGACCAAACAGACACCAGGAGACCACACAGACAUCAGGAGACCAGACAGACACCAGGAGACCAAACAGACACCAGGAGAUCAAACAGACACCAGGAGACCACACAGACACCAGGAGACCAAACAGACACCAGGAGACCAAACAGACACCAGGGGACCAAACAGACACCAGGGGACCAAACAGACACCAGGGGACCAAACAGACACCAGGAGACCAAACAGGAGACCAAACAGACACCAGGAGACCACACAGACACCAGGAGAUCAAACAGACACCAGGAGACCAAACAGACACCAGGAGACCACACAGACAUCAGGAGACCACACAGACACCAGGGGACCAAACAGACACCAGGGGACCAAACAGACACCAGGGGACCAAACAGACACCAGGAGACCAAACAGACACCAGGAGACCAAACAGACACCAGGAGACCAAACAGACACCAGGAGACCACACAGACAUCAGGAGACCAGACAGACACCAGGAGACCAAACAGACACAAGGGGACCAAACAUACACCAGGGGACCAAACAGACACCAGGAGACCAAACAGACACCAGGAGACCAAACAGGAGACCAAACAGACACCAGGAGACCAAACAGACACCAGGAGACCAAACAGGAGACCAAACAGACACCAGGAGACCACACAGACACCAGGAGAUCAAACAGACACCAGGAGACCAAACAGACACCAGGAGACCAAACAGACACCAGGAGACCAAACAGGAGACCAAACAGACACCAGGGGACCAAACAGACACCAGGAGACCAAACAGACACCAGGGGACCAAACAGACACCAGGAGACCAAACAGACACCAGGAGACCAAACAGGAGACCAAACAGACACCAGGAGACCAAACAGACACCAGGAGACCACACAGACACCAGGAGAUCAAACAGACACCAGGAGACCAAACAGACACCAGGAGACCACACAGACAUCAGGAGACCAAACAGGAGACCAAACAGACACCAGGGGACCAAACAGACACCAGGGGACCAAACAGACACCAGGAGACCAAACAGACACCAGGGGACCAAACAGACACCAGGAGACCAAACAGACACCAGGAGACCAAACAGGAGACCAAACAGACACCAGGAGACCAAACAGACACCAGGAGACCACACAGACACCAGGAGAUCAAACAGACACCAGGAGACCACACAGACAUCAGGAGACCACACAGACACCAGGAGACCAAACAGACACCAGGAGACCAAACAGACACCAGGAGACCAAACAGACACCAGGAGACCAAACAGACACCAGGGGACCAAACAGACACCAGGAGACCAAACAGACACCAGGAGACCACACAGACACCUGGAGACCACACAGACACCAGGAGACCACACAGACACCAGGAGACCAAACAGACACCAGGAGACCACACAGACACCAGGAGACCACACAGACACCAGGAGACCACACAGACAUCAGGACACCAAACAGACACCAGCUGUGACACCAAUGCAGCGCUGCGGCUCACGACCAGCCCACUAUGA